GACGAUUUUAACCUAACUAAUCCUUCAGGGCACUCCCAUAGAGAGUUUUAGUACUGAGGUUAUAGAGAUGCUUAAGAGUCUUAGAGGUGAUACUCCAGCUAGUCAGCUAGAUAAUGUUUGGAAGGAGUUACAACUGUCAGUUGAUCAUGUUCUCGACAAGAAUUUAAAUUCAGCCAAAUCUGGAGCAUCGGUGAACGGCUGGGGAUUAAAGCAGUUGAUUGAGAGAAAACAGGGAAUCUUCAGAAUGAAUAUGAUGGGGAAGAGAGUUAAUUUCGCCUGCAGAACUGUUAUAACUCCUGAUCCUAAUAUAAACAUUGACGAGAUCGGAGUCCCGGAAAUAUUCGCCAAGAGGCUCAGUUACCCUGUUCCUGUGACUCCUUGGAACUUCAAGGAACUACAACAAAUGGUCUUAAAUGGUCCAGAUAAUCAUCCAGGUGCCCUAUUGGUGGAAGAUGAGUUUGGUAAACCUAUAAACCUAGAAAUGAAGGAUCCUAGUCAACGGUUAAUGAUUGCCAACACCUUGAUGACCCCGACCUACAGCAACAAGAAGUCAGAUCGACCAAAGAUUGUUCACCGUCACUUGCGCAACGGAGACGCCAUGUUGCUUAAUCGUCAGCCUACUCUGCAUAAGCCCAGUAUUAUGGCUCAUAAGGCAAGGGUACUGAGAGGAGAGAAGGUUAUGAGACUGCAUUACUCCAAUUGUAAAUCCUACAAUGCGGAUUUUGAUGGUGACGAGAUGAAUGCUCAUUUUCCCCAGUCAGAAACUGCCAGGAGUGAAGCAUACAAUAUAGCACUGUCAAGUCAUCAAUACCUGGGUCCUAAAGAUGGUACCCCUCUACAGGGUCUUAUUCAGGACCAUGUUAUCGGAGCAGUGAAAAUGACCCUGAGAGGUCGUUUCUUUUCCAGACCUGAGUACAUGCAGCUUGUGUUUCAAGCCCUACAGGGCAUCCCAGGCAGAAUAAAGAUUCAGGCCCCCACCAUUUUGAAACCAAAACAGCUGUGGUCGGGAAAGCAGGUUAUUUCAACAAUCUUGAUAAAUCUGGUACCUGCUGGGAAGUUCCCGCCAAAUUUUACCUCAACAGCUAAAAUCAGUCCUAAACUCUGGCAAUCCCAACCUGAACGAGCCUGGAAAGCUGGUGGAACUCCCCUCAAGAAGAUGAUUGAUAUGUCAGAAUCUGAGUUUAUAGUACGAGAUGGUAUACUUUGUGUUGGAAUCUUGGACAAAAACCAGUUUGGUGCCACGCCCUACUCACUGGCCCACCUCCUCUUUGAGCUGUAUGGGGGAAUAGUCUGCACCAGCUUCCUGUCAGGACUCUCAAAACUCUUCACCUACUUCCUUCAGGGCAUAGAGGGGUUCUCACUAGGAGUUCAGGAUAUUCUUGUGACAGAAACUGCAAAUGAUGUUAGAACUGCAGUAAUGGCGGACACCAGACAAGUCGGGGAUUCAUGUGCUGCACAGGGUGUAGGUGCUAAGGGCGAGGUUGAUAUUGACGAGCUAAGAUUUAUGAUGGAAGAAACACACAGGGCUAGUGCUGACAAUCCAAGAUUCCGUAUGGAACUUGACAGGGGAUACAAGGAGAAGCUGAACCCUGCCACUAACAGGAUCAAUGCCGUUUGUGUCCCCGCAGGACUUAUCAAACCAUUCCCUCAUAAUAAUCUUCAGCUCAUGGUCAACUCAGGGGCUAAAGGUAGUACAGUAAACACAACCCAGAUUUCUUGUCUCCUGGGUCAGAUUGAGUUGGAGGGGAAAAGGCCACCAAUUAUGAUAAGUGGAAAAUCCCUUCCUUCCUUCCGGCCAUACGAUACUCAGCCUCGGGCCGGGGGCUUUAUUGAUGGACGAUUUAUGACAGGAAUCCAGCCCCCUGAAUUCUUCUUCCAUUGUAUGGCAGGAAGAGAAGGUUUGAUUGAUACUGCAGUAAAGACUAGCAGAUCAGGGUAUCUUCAGCGUUGUCUUAUAAAGUUGCUAGAAGGUUUAACUGUACAUCAAGAUUAUACUGUCAGGGACUCUGAUAACUCUGUGAUACAGUUUCAGUAUGGAGAGGACUCAUUGGAUGUUUGUAAAUCCCAGUAUAUCAAACCUAGUCGUCUCAAGGAUCUCUCAAACAACAUCAACUCUGUUAUGAACAAGGAGAGGGAAAAAAGAGCAAAGGAAAUGAGUGAUAUGAAGGGGAUAAAGAAGGAGAAGAAGAAACUGAAGGAGUGGAGGAAGUAUGGAGGUGGGGAGAGGAAAAGAACUGGAGCUUUCCUGAAAUUCUCACAGUGCAGUGAUACUAUAAAGAAGCAGUUCAAAGGAUAUGAGAAGAUUAAGGUAGGUAAGGAGGACCCUAUAUUUGUAUCCAGAGCUAAGUCAUAUCUCCCAACAUUGUCUGAGUAUAGGAACCUCAAUGAUAGCAUCAUAGCUGACUUGAAGGAGAGCCAAGGUCCUUCAAUGCCUCCCCUAUCCUCCACUUUCUUGCCUCCAGUACACUUCUCAGCCAUCACAGAGGCCUGUGAUGCUAUGAUUAGUGAGUAUAUUAAGCAAAACAAGGAUACUGUAGACUGUCAUAACUUCAAGGACACCAUGUACUUAAAGAUUCAGGAAUCCUGUGUUGCUGCUGGGGAACCAGUUGGUGUUUUAGCUGCACAGUCAGUUGGUGAGCCCAGUACUCAGAUGACACUAAAUACUUUCCAUUUUGCUGGUCGGGGAGAGAUGAAUGUUACCCUGGGAAUUCCUCGUCUUAGGGAGAUUUUAAUGGUAGCGUCAGACAAUAUUAAGACCCCAAGCCUGACAAUUCCAUUCAAACAGGGGAUCACAGAGAAGGAGAUGGAUAAGUUCAGGUUGAAGUUCAACAAGGUUGUUGUGGAGAAUUUACUGGAGGAGGUUCAGGUUACAGAAAAGAUUGUGCUCAGUCCGGCACGACUCCGUAAAGUGGUUCUCCGGUUUAAGUUCCUGCCUUACAAGUACUAUAAACAGGAUUAUGGGGUUACACAGCACCAGGUUCUACAGUAUAUGGAGAACAAAUUCUUUCACAAGGUGUUCUUUCCUGUGAUGGUUGCUGUGAGUAAGGAGAAGAAGGUGGGUGUAGAUGUUGGACAGGAUAUGGAUCUUAAGAUAGAUCGUGGAGGUGGAGUUGGAGGGGAUCGUGAUGAAGAUGAAGGGGAGGGUGGGGAUGUUACAAAGGAGAGAAGGAAUGAGGAGACUGCUGAUAAAGCUAUGGGAGAUGUUGAUAGCAGUGACGAUGAACAGGAGGAUAUGGAGGGGGAGGGAACAGAUGUGACCAGGAAGGUGGAGAGGCAGGGGGACAGGGAGUAUGAGGAACUGGAGGAGGUCGAGAUCAAGAUCAAGGAUGAACUUGUUAAACAGGAGGAUGAUGAGUAUAAUGAUGAUAAGGAUGAUGUUAAAAAUGAAUCCUCACCUGUAUCCGAAGAUGAAAAUUAUGAAUCAGAGGAAGAGGAGGAUGAAGAAAGAAAUGAGACAAUACAAGACGAGCUGAUGAGUAGUGGUGAGCCUAGGAAACGACGAGCUGAGUUCCUGGCUCAAAUGGAGGGUGUGUGUGGACUAUGUGGUGUUACAGACUACUCCUAUGAUACUGAAAAGGAACGUUGGUGUGAAAUUACUCUCAGUUUUGAUAUUUCCCAGAAGAGGAUUGAUAUGCCAAACAUACUCAGGAAAUCCGCUGAGAAAGGUUUAAUCUACCAAGUGAAGAACAUGAAGAAAGGAUUUGUUAUGGAGAAGGAUGGACGGUAUAUGAUCCAGACUGACGGAAUCAAUAUAGAUGUCAUGCUUCAUUACGAUAAAAUCCUUGAUCUUAAUAAUUUGAUGUGUAAUAAUAUUCACGAUAUGGCUAGGUACUAUGGUAUUGAGGCCGCCUAUAAGACUAUUGUACGUGAGGUGACUAACGUGUUCGGAGUCUAUGGUAUUGAAGUUGAUUACAGGCACUUGAGUCUGAUAGCUGACUACAUGACCCAGGAUGGGCGCUAUAGACCCUUUAAUAGGGUUGGUAUUGAGAGCAAUCCUUCACCCUUUCAGCAGAUGACCUUCGAGACUGCUAUGGGAUUCCUACGAAGUUCUACCCUGGGAGCUAGAUGUGAUGAACUAAAUUCUCCCUCUGCCUGUAUAGUACUAGGCAAACCAACUAAAGGUGGAACCGGUUCUGUAAACUUGCGCUAUGCACUUUGAAGUCCGCCAUUUUGAGAUUUUAAGAUUCGUGGAUUUCUCGCACAUGAAUUGCCAUGAAAAAAAAUUCAUCUUGAAUUAGUUUUUGAGCUGAAAAGGCUGUGAAAGUGGAUUUUUUUUAAAUAUAAUUUUUUUCUGUUUUUA